GUAGAUCAGUCUUUCCUGUCGCGUUGUACGUUAACUACGCUUGGCACCGAUUCCGCCUACAACUGCAACCUGUACCUCGCUCGGUGCGUGGCUCCGAUUCAGCCAGACUCGCGAGAAACGAGGGCCGAGCGGAAUUUCCUGAGGCUUUCGCCUUCGAGACGCGCGUGUUGUACAGAUCGGUUCUGGCCAGAUAGCGUGUCAGGGGUUACGUUCGGGGGAUCCCAUUCAGGUGACGGGAUAAAGAGAUUUAUCGCGAAAAAAGAGACGUUUAUCGUUGACGCUACGGAUGUCGUAAUGCCGGCGCGAUCCCGUCGGCUCGGCGAAGAAGAAGAGACCGUUAUCGCUGAUAACGCGUUGAGGAUAGAGGAAGACGAGUGGACCGUGCGCAUCGGUGAUCGGUGAUCGUUCCCGUGUUUUCGCGGGACACCCGCCGUAAAGAGUACACGUGCUCUCGAGCGUCUCGCGCGCCGUCGAAGUGGUUCGGUGUGUACCGCCGUCGCUGGCAGCGAACUGGGACGACACCAGUUGGCAGCGCUCGCGGAUAAAUAAGGCACGUGGAGUUGGUGAAAUUUGUACUUGAAAGGGACUCGCUCGGUGGCGGGAAGGGGCCCGAAGGGAACUGGUGUCGCGGAGGGAAUGACAGUGGAAGGAUCGCCGGGAAGUGAACAUGGGGAACACCGACAGUGUCCACGAGGUGGAGAUGAGGUCUUUGUCGACGGUGACCGAUGAUCGUCCUCACAUCGUGAGAACACCAAUGCGCCCAAUGAUAGCGGAAUACGACCCAAAGAAGCACGGUGUGAAAACAGAACUUUCAGACAUGGUUCUCGUCAAAUACAAGUGCGAGAAAAAUGAUGUACCGAUUACCGUCACGAACGGCUCGACGUUGCCGCUCGUGGAACGACCGAACGACGAGGAGGCGGCGCUCUACAACCCGUUCGAGCACAGGAAGCUCGCCCAUCCGACCUCCGACCUCGACACCCUGAUCCAUCUGCUGAAGGGCAGCCUGGGGACCGGCAUCCUCGCGAUGCCGAUGGCCUUCCGCAACGCCGGCCUACUCUUCGGCCUGUUCGCGACCUUCUUCAUCGGAGCGGUGUGCACUUAUUGCGUGCACAUACUGGUCAAGUGCGCCCAUGACCUCUGCAGGCGGACGCAAACGCCCAGCCUCGGCUUCGCGGACGUGGCCGAGGCCGCCUUUCUCGUUGGUCCCGAACCUGUGCAGAAGUACGCUCGUCUAGCCAAAGCGACGAUCAAUAUGUUCCUCGUGAUCGACCUGAUGGGCUGCUGCUGCGUCUACAUAGUGUUCAUCUCGACGAACGUGAAAGAGGUGGCCGAUUAUUACACGGACACCGACCGGGACAUCAGGCUGUACAUGGCGGCCCUGUUGCCCCUGUUGAUCAUAUUCUCCCUAGUGAGAAACUUGAAAUACCUGGCGCCGUUCUCCAUGGUCGCGAACAUCCUGAUCGCGACCGGGAUGGGGAUCACGUUCUACUACAUUUUCAGCGAUCUGCCCAGCAUCGCCGACGUGCCAAAUUUUUCGAGCUGGUCUCAGUUACCUCUGUUCUUCGGCACGGCCAUCUUCGCCCUCGAGGGCAUCGGCGUUGUGAUGCCGCUGGAGAACAACAUGAAAACCCCGACCCACUUCAUCGGCUGCCCGGGCGUGCUGAACACCGGCAUGUUCUUCGUGGUGCUGUUGUACAGCACCGUCGGUUUCUUCGGGUACUGGCGGUACGGCGAGAACACGAUGGCGUCGAUCACGCUGAACCCGGACGAGAGCGAGGUGCUCGCGCAGUCCGCGAAGCUGAUGAUCGCGGUGGCGAUCUUCCUGACGUACGGUCUGCAGUUCUACGUGCCGAUGGAGAUCAUCUGGAAGAACCUGAAGCAGUACUUCGGCUCUCGGAAGCUGCUCGCGGAGUACGUGGUGCGCAUCUUCUUCGUGAUAUUCACGGUGGCCGUGGCGAUCGCCAUCCCGAACCUCGGCCCGUUCAUCUCGCUGGUGGGCGCGGUGUGCCUGUCCACGUUGGGCCUGAUGUUCCCGUCGGUGAUCGAGUUGGUGACCGUGUGGGAAAGGGAGAACGGCCUGGGCCCUUGCUACUGGAGGCUCUGGAAGAACAUAGCCAUCAUCUCGUUCGGUGUGCUCGGCUUCCUGACCGGCAGCUACGUGAGCAUCCAGGAGAUCCUCGAGAAGAAAUGAAGCGCCGGGUUCGAAGGAGCUGCGGUGCGACGGAAUAAUCGCUCAGUGCGUACCAUAGAUGCCGGCGUGCUCGACACCUUCCGUGCUCACCGGGAGCAGCCUCGUCGCGCGGCCAGGACGACGAUACCCGGGACGGUGAUGCCGCCCGCCCGCCGCCGCUGAAGCGUCCAGGACACGAGUUACGCGGCCACGCGAGCUCCGAGCUUCUAGCUUCGUCUCGCUGCUUCUCUUUCCGCAACUCGGUAGUACGACGACCGUACCGACGACGAAGACGUCGCGUAGAACGACCGCCUUUCACCCUAUCGUAGCACACUAUCGGUUCCUCGUUGUAACCCUGUCCGCCCAGUCUUAUUCUUUCGUUCGACCGUAGACGGAGCUCGCCGUCGCGCGGAAAGGAGUUCCUGUAUCGGAUAGUUCGCACACCUGUUUUCUCGUCGCGGACGGUCACGAUACGUGAUACGUUCUCAUUUUUUCUACUGUACAAUAGCGUUUUUUAUUUUUCCCAGGCGCCAGUUAUUUUUGUAAGGAACGCGCCUGGUUUUCUCGUCGAGAGUUUCUUUUACUUUGACCUAAUCGUACGUGCUCCGAAUACUUAAACCCUGUUUCUUAUCGUUCAGUGUGGCAUACAGAAUGUAGAGUAAUAUCAGUGUAGCGAGAUUUCAGAGAAGAUACUAACUUUCCAUUAAUCAGUUGAUCGUUCUUAACAUUCUCGUUAACCGCGUUGCAGACGAUUUAUUCGGUUAGUCUGCGAUAGAAGCCGAAAUUGUUCAUUUCCCUGCGAUUUAUAUGAUGUAUAUGUAUAUAUAUGUACACGAGCUCCUUUCCGCGCACGCGUGAAACAAAAAUCCGACAGCACCGCUUAGUUUCCUCUCUCCGGAAAACUCGCGUACUCGGGAUCUGCAAUCGCAAUAGCAUACGAUACGCGGAGGUAUACGUUACGAAGCAUGAUCGAUCUUCGCCGAUUUGCGUCAGAGUCGUCGCUGCUGACGUCGCGCCGUACAACGCCGUACGCCACGUGUAAGUAGGCACGCUGAGAAUCAUUAAUGUCGCACCGGUUUUUCACCGGCUUCCCGAGAUCGUCGCUCGUAUUUGUAACGGGAAGUAGAUUCCUUCGAACGCGACGCGACAGGACAACGUCGGAUUACCAAUUAAUAUAAUAUCAGUGUAACGUGCCGCAAUUGGAAAUCGUUCGGAUCACUCGGGACAUGACAUUCUGCUGGUUAUUUUUAUAUACUCGACUAUAGAAAUUACAAUAGCUCUGCUGCAGACGAACGUUCAUUGAAAACUCUUGUAUAAAAUUGUACCUUAAUCGGCAGAGCACGCUAUGCAAUCCGACAGAAACGUUUGGAAAAUAAUUGACGUUUCCCAUAUGGAAGAAACGCGUAAUUUUAAGUGACCGACGGUCAACGCGUUGACUGCUGCGAUCUGACUUGGCUACACUGAGUUUCUUUUCAAUAUUUUAUUCUUAUCGCUAUUCUUUAACACUAGGUUUACGGACAAUUAUUGUACACUUGAUUCUAUUAUUCCUAAGAGAAUUGAUGCUCGUUUAUUUAGAUUGCGGAAACUGGAGAUUCGAUAGUAGGUAAUUGGGAUACAUUUCUAAAAUCCAAUAUGCGUCGAUCUGACGCGUUCCGUGAACCUAGUGUUGACGCAUUGACAUUUCUCUUCGUAUCGACUUGCCACCAGCAAAUCAGCUCAUUCAAUGUCCCUUCUCAUAAAAACACCACAGUCAACGCGUUGAACAGUAACUCGAAUAACACCUAAUGUUACGUGCGUCGACCAUGAAACGUGGAAACAGCGAUCGAUAACAGAAAUGUAACUUUUCGGAUCAGACAAUUCAGACGUUCCAGAUAAAGAGCAGUGCGACCUUAAUGAGCCUCGGCGCGCGUGAUCAUACGUUCGAGCGAUUAACCGAGCAAAGUCAACGGCACAACGUGGCUCGGAGUACCCGGAUCCAUGGGAUCGUGGAUCGUGCGAAAUGUUGAGACGAGUAUCAGGGGCGUAGAUAAUAGCUGCCGCCCCGGCCCCAUCUCCCCUUUGUCCUCCUCACUUUUAUUAUUUAUUCGCGGUGCGACGGCCGUGCGCACGAACGACAAACGCUUUUUCCAUCGAGUUCACAGACAACUGCGGGACGGUUUCUUUUUUUUUCUCUCUCUCGUUUUCUAGUUGCUUUACGUACACGCGGUACGAUUUAUAGAUAUGUAAAUUAUACUUAAGCGUCGUUUUUACCCCACGAGCAGGGACCGUUCGCGUUUUCGGCUUUAACGUGCGUUCGUUCGUUCGUUCGUUCGAUUUCCUGCGACAAGAGAACGAUUUGUAAGAUAAGAGGUUUCGUCGGCCGAUCAUCGAGCGAUCUACGUCCGCCGAUCGUCGGGAGUUGGACACCUUGCAUGUUCAGAAAUGGGAAAUAGAACCCGGAGAUCGACCAUAGACUUGUAAAUGAAUUUCUAACUCGUCGGAUCGACGACACUUUUCAGUUGGCACGUACUUCCGCCAUAGAUAUCGAAGGAUCGUCAGAAGUGAUUAAACGGUUGACAUAGACGUCGGUAUCAAACUCGAGGUAAAUUCUAGAUUGGAAACGAUUCGAAAUUAAUCGCUGUUUUACACGAUAAUCGUGUCUAUUCUUUCAUUAAGGUCUUCGCUUGAUUCGGACACAAAGGGGAAGUUGCCUAUGAGCGAUUUAAUAUUCAGUCAAUUCGACGUCUUGGGUGUCUGAAUUGGAAGACACAAAUGGCAUUCGACAAAAGCCUUUUAUUCACUUGCAAGCACCUACAACAGGUUCAGGACAUUAUCUCGUUACCAUCAUUCGACAGAAGUUACGGUGUUUAGAAUCGACAAACGCAAUUUUCCUGAAACAGUUAUGUUACUCUUUGACUGUUCUACAAUGGUCAUCCGCGAGCACUCGUUGACUCGAACAGAAUCCAUCGAAUAUGCUGUAACAUUCUUCGCUAUAACAUUUAUUCUGUAAAUAGAACUAUGUUACAGGCAUGCUUUGUCUCGUUGCUCUACUUAAAUAUUCUAUCUCUUUAGAAAUUGAAGAAAAACACUUCCACUAAAAGAUUAUUAUUCAAGACUUAGACAACUAGUUCAUUUUACAGUGAUAUAUUUUUCCAUUGAAACGUGUACAUUGUUCAUGAUCGCUUACCGAACUCCUAACAAAUUGAAAAAAAACACUUCCACUAAAUUAUUAUUCGACAAAGACUUAGAGACUAGUUGUUUCACAUUGAAAUAUUUUUCCAUCGAAACGUGUACAUUGUUCAUGAUCGCUUACCGAACUGGUAUCUGCAAGGCAUGCCUGUGCGCAACAUUCACGCUGUAUAAUGGCUGCGUAGAAAGGAUACUACGACGCGUAGACGGCUAACGUAUAAAAUUAAGGAAACCGUAGAUUUCAGUGAAACUGUCUGUACACAGAGUAUCCCCCGUAAUUCGGUAGAUUCUAGUAGCGGCCGUUUCGUCAGUGAUGUGCCCGCGACGGGACUACGGAGCGCUUGAAAAUGGCGGCGAUAGAUCAAUCGACGUAACACCGAUGGGAACUGCCGAUCUGUUCCUAGUGCCUUCGUUGCACAAAAGAAAAAAACGUACAAAAAUGGUUAUUAAUUAAGAAUAAGAGGCAGAAUGGCACGUAGGUGUGAUAAUAUCGUGAUGCAUGCUUGCUAGUCUGUAAGGAGUUAGAGCGAGAGCUACACGGCGCGAGGUUGCGUCAGUGCGCGAGAUUGAAACGCUAAUUGGAUACCUUUCUCGCUUGACACGCGGUCAGUAAAAUCGAAAGAGUACGAAUAAGAGGAAGAAAUUUUUGUGAAACGAACAGAAGAGCUUGAUCGGGUGUCAAGGCGAACGUGCUCAGCAAUGGAAAUUAUUUAUUUCGCGUCCUAGAAUCGGUUAGAUGAACGGACAUCAUCGACGAUUAUUGCUCAUCGACAAUAAGAGGAAAAGCGAAUGAAACGAUGGAAUUGAUCUCGGCACCGGGCGAUUCGGGCAGCGAAAAUCUUCGCGAACGGAAAUUCUAAGAUCACGAAAUAGUACAAACGUAAUUAAGAUUCGUCAUUCAUUUUACCUAUUGGAUAAUUGUAUAGAGCUUAUACAGGGAGUUUCAUAACGAGACGCGAAAACAACGAACAGCUGGUGCAAACAUGUGUCCCGUGAAUUGUCUGUUAUACGUAACGAGUGUUCAGCCAGUUUCGGCUCGAUUCGAAAACUGCAAUUUCGUAGACUAUAAUAGAUUUUGUAAGGGUCAUUGUCGUUGACACUGCCAUGGCCCUCGAGGAAACCGACGCGUUCACCGGACUCUGGGCAUUUUCAGACCCACACUUUUGCAUCCGAAUGUUUAUACUCUGAAGAGAUUCACUUUUCCAAUGUUCAUUCUUCUGGGAAAAUAAUGUUGAAAUCGUAACAAAUGCAUUGCAAUGGCCAUGUUAGUGCUGAAGAUAAUUGGAAUCGUUUGAAUCGUUUAACCCUUAGCACUCCAGAUGGUUUCGUAAUUUAUCAGCAACUAAUUUUUAUGGUAUCUAGUGAAAAUGAAAAAUGCUGUAACAUUCCUUCGAUCUUUUGUUCCUUCUCAGUACGAAAUUUCUUGUGGAAAAUCGAAUAAUCUUGGGGUAGUUUCUUUGAUUCGUUGAAAUAUUUGAUAUUAUGAUGCAAUAUUGGAGCCUACGGAGUUCAAAGGGUUAACUUCAAUCGUCCACGUUUGGCGUUUCUGUUCGAAGGGCACAUGUUUGACGACUCGACGUAUUUCGGCGCAGAACACCGCGCCGCGAGCUGUUCGUGCGAUUCGUUCUCGAAGACAGAAUUCAGUGCCUUGGUUCUUUCGUCUGACGGGAUCGUAGGAUUGACCCUUUCAGUGCCAGGCAUUUUACGGAGCACAAGGAACGUUUACAAGGAACAAAAUUCCGAUUUGGAGGAAAAUUUGACUAUUUAUUCUUCUGAAACUUAACCCUCUGUAGGUUUCGUUCUAAUCGUGAAAAUUCGGCCCAUAGAGGGUUAAAGAAUAUGGAAUAUAAUGUUAUGCAACAAAAUUUUUGGUUAUAAAAUAUUUGUAGAGACGCCCUUCGAACGAGGCUGAGAAAAAAAGAGAAAGAUCGGCUCGCUGGCACUGAAAGGGUAAAAACGGACCUCACGCGACACCGAGCAGACACCGUACGCGCGGCUCCGACGCGGAUCGGAGCCGUACUCUCGUCACGAAAGCGUCGAACAACGGGACAUGUUCGUCCGAAAGACAAUAACCGAUGCACGGUAGUUGCCAUGUUCGUUUUACUAGAGUCGUUGCAAACGUACGCCUUAACCGAGGAGAGGGCAGAACACGAAGAAGAAUCAGGGGAAUCGGAGGAACAAGGAAACGGAAAAAUGAGUCUGCCCUCGAGCCGCAGAGAACCGUUGAAAUUUUUGCCAAGCAUCAUCCAUGUUUUACCAUUUUUCUGUACUCGUCUAUUCUUUUCUAUCGAAAGUUUUCCCAUCAAUGUAUCUGUACACACGCAGAGACAGACCGCCCACAACCAUGAUCGUUACACGUACGAUGAUCUGUAUUCAGAAAAAAGAGGAUCUUCAAACUUUUCUCACCCUUCUUUUUUUUCUCUUUUUUGUUUCCUUUGGAAAUUGUAAUCGAAACAUGAAAUACUUACAUGUACACGUACAUACAUACACGUGCGACACACACAUACAACCGUUUAGCCGCUUUUGUACUUCAAAUUUCCUUUACAGAUCGCGCACGCAGGCAAUGCGGCGAUGGUCGCUGCGAAGAGAAUGUCGUUUCGCGUGCACGCGUGUACCGUGCACGCUAUCAAUCUGUCAGACAUUGUAAGAGACAGUGUUAUAUGAUAUUUAAUACACAACAAACAGAUUUGCGAAAGA